AUGAGUACCUCCAGCAGCAUGGGCAUAAGGUUUUGCGUCUGCCUCCAUAUCACUGCCAGUUUAAUGCCAUUGAACUUAUAUGGGCGCAGGCUAAAACAUAUUGAUUCCCAUAUGGGGGAAGACGGGUAUGGCGACAAUAAAGUGCUAACAAUGUGGGGCCAAGCACUGAACCCAUGCACGCCAGAACGUUGGUGUUCAGUAGUGAGGCACACCAACAAAUUAAUUGACGAUUGGUUCCAAAAGACAAGGAUGGUCGAUGACGUGCCAGAACUAGUUAUCCACCUCGGAGAAGACAGUUCCGACGAGGAUGACUUUUAG